GUUACUUAUCUGCUGAGCAAACUUAUAUUGAUCUUGUUCAAUUAUUUAUUUACAAAAGAAUAAAACACUGCCGGUCAAGAGAACACCUCACUACCCGACAACUCAGGAACAUAACCUCAACCGCACAUCAAACGUAAUUGUGAGCCAAACGAGUGCACUCUAAGACCGAACAAUCAUUCGUAUGAAAUAUGAAAACUUCACUAAUAAUUGUCAAUUGUUGUGCACAAAAAGUGAAUUGAUAAUCAAACCAUUGAUUGUGAUCAAGUUUGGACUUGAAAAAGCUCUCGGAGCAGCUACGUAUCAGUCGUUUAACCUCAACUCCUGUUGGGGUUAUGAUAGGAAAUAGCAAAAGGUUUUACUAAUUUUAUAAAAUCAACUUAUCAAAUUAAUUGUACAUAAAUAAUAUUUGUGGAUUUAAAAUGUCGUACUUGACGAGAAAAGAGAUUGAUGAAAUGAAGCCAGAAAUUGAGAAGGCUGUGCAUAAAUUUCUGGGGUUCGCUGAACCUGCCAUUGUUACCACUGCUGUCAAUUGUAUUGUUUCUGGAUAUGACAAACGUAAAACCGCAGAUAAAUUGUCAGCGCUGUUGGAGGAUAAAAAGGCGAUGAAACUCACCGAUAAAGUGUUCACCAUGUACGAGGACGUGAAAGCACUCCAGAAGAGUAAAAAACGGUCCCAUACGGAGGACAAGGAGAAAGACAGAGAUGCGAAAAAAUCGAAAAUCGCAGACGAACCAGAGAAUGGAAACUCUGGCAGCACAUUAUCACCAGACAAGAUAAAACAAAUGAUGCUGAAUGCCCAACGAGAAAUAGAAGAAAGAAAACGAGCGCUUCGUUCCCUGAAACAGGACGAUAACUCUCCAAUGCAGCCCCCGAAGUCCCGAGACACCGUUCCUCUGGCAAGUUCAAUGUACACCCAGGGUUUGCUGAGCAAAACUGACUCAGACAAAGCGCGAAAAUUGGCCGCCCUGCACGCGCAGAUAAAAAACAAACUGAGUUCAGGCCUCCUGAACAACGUGAGUGUCCCCGACAAACCAACGCCCCUGAUCCUGGACGAAUCAGGUCGAACGGUGGACAUAACAGGUAAAGAGGUCCAACUGACCCAAGUGGUACCAACCCUGAAGGCCAAUAUUCGUGCGAAGAAGCGAGAGGAAUUCAAAGCACAGCUUCAGGACUCAAAGGGUCCUGAGGAGAUUCAGGACACUCACUUUUUCGAUACGAGAAUUGGUGUGAAGGCAGCUGCUCGUAGUAAAAGGGCUUUAAAAUUUCACGAGCCCGGAAAAUUCCAGCAACAAGCUGACAGAAUACGAAUGAAGGCCCAGUUGGAGAAGCUCCAGAACGAGAUAAGUCAGAUAGCGAGAAAAACUGGAAUAAGUUCAGCAACAAAAUUAGCCCUGAUAGCACCAAAAACCGAAGCUCUCAACGAGGAUGUGCCCAAUGUCGAGUGGUGGGACUCGGUGAUACUCACGAAUGGUUACCCAAGUGAUGAUGAAUCAGUGCAGAUCAAGACAGCAACAAUAACAAAUCUCGUGGAGCAUCCGACCCAGAUGAGACCACCGACAGAUCCACUGAGGCCAGCUUACAUGCCUGUUUUUCUCACCAAGAAGGAGAGGAAGAAGCUCAGGAGGCAGAAUCGCCGGGAGGCCUGGAAGGAGGAGCAGGAGAAAAUUCGUCUUGGUCUUGAACCCCCACCAGAACCCAAACUCAGAAUUUCAAAUUUGAUGAGGGUAUUGGGGAACGAGGCGGUCCAAGAUCCAACGAAGAUUGAGGCACAUGUCAGGCAGCAGAUGGCGAAGAGGCUGAAGGCUCAUGAGGAUGCAAAUGCUGCGAGGAGGCUUACUGCUGAUCAGAGGAGGGAAAAAAAGGCGAGGAAACUUAAGGAGGACACUUCCUUGGGGGUUCAUGUGGCUGUUUAUAGAAUACGAGAUUUAUUGAACAACGCGUCGAAGAAGUACAAAGUGGAGACCAAUGCCAAGCAGCUCUACCUCACCGGCUGUGUCAUGUUAUUCAGAGACUGCAACGUUGUUGUUGUCGAGGGCGGUGCGAAGCAGUUGAUGAAGUACCACAGACUGAUGACAGUUCGAAUAAAAUGGGAGGAAGAUAUCGUUAAGGACAAUGAUGGCAAUGACGUGCCCAACAAGUGCGUUCUAGUGUGGCGGGGUACCAGUAAGCAACGUCACUUUGGUGAUAUUAAAUUCAAAGUUUGUCCCAUUGAGAAAAUGGCUCGGGAACACUUUAAAAAACACCAGGUGGAGCAUUACUGGGAUCUUGCUUACAGCGGAGCUGUUCUCGAUGUCACUGAUGACGUCAGUACAUGAGGUUUAUUGUGAAUAUUAAUAACAAUUUGAGAUGUAUGGGAUAGCAGUUUGAUUGAUAAUAAAAUUGAUAAGAAUUUUUUUCAUGGAAA